UGACAUAGACCAGAACCUCGUUGCGCCUUAACAUACUUGGUAAAGUAUAUUUUCCCACCAGGAUAAAGCCUGUGGCUGCUAAUAAUUCCACGCAAUGCUACAAUCACUAAAAACUUUGUGUCAUAUGACGAUGAGUCUCUAAGCGAUUUGCAAUCGUAGCAAAAUAAAGAAUGAAUCAUCGAAAAGGGCUUAUGUUUUAAGUUGUUUCUGAAAAUUCGUUCUUGGUAUUGCGUUAACGUUUCUGUAAGUUAUUAAGCUGAAACGCGCACAAUUACAUUGACACCUGCACAGUUAAUUUCGUUUGUCACUAUACUGAAUAUAAUGUCAGUAGAAAAUAAGACCGCGUGUGUGGAAACACAUUAGGUCGACCUUCGUGGGUGAUGGUGACGGGAUUCAUGAACAAGUUUCCAUUGUCUGUGGAUACGCAGCUGCAAGAUACAGAGCGGAAGAUCGAUACUACAAUCGGUAGCUUUGCCUAUCGAUGUCAAAUUAUAUUGUUGUUUUGUUAUUGUUUCUGUUUCUAAAUCGGCGAAGUUAGUGCUGGCAAGUGGAAGCGAUGUGAUUGACGGAUUGUUUGUGAGUUGUGUAGAUUGGUAUAACUUACCGGAUUAAAGUUAAGGUAGUCGUGCGAAUGUGUGGUAUACGAGGAUUUAAUGAAUGUUUUCGUAUUGUAUCAUUUGUUGCUGGUUCUGACGCAAAUGUUCGGUGCAUCCCUUAGAAAAGCGUCUCAGUGCAGGAUGAUGCAUUUUAAGUGCCGAGGAGGUUUCUACCCCAGAACAGACAAUACUGUUGCGAGAUUUCCUGUACCCGACGAGAAAAUCCACUGGGACAUCGACUAUCCUGAGUAUGAACCAACAAAUUACACGGCUGCUCAUAUCAAGGGCCAGAGUUGGGCAGAUCCGGAGAUUUCGCAUCCUUCGUUUCAUCCACAAUGGAACCAGCUGGAUGGCAGUGUUAACCGCAAAAGUCACUUAGGAGUUUACAAAAUUGAAAAUUUAUUGCCAUUGAAUCCUGUGGGACGUACUGGAGUUUGCGGUAGGGGGUGUUUGGGUAGAUGGGGACCAAAUCAUGCAGCAGACCCGAUAGUAACGAGAUGGAAAAGGACGUGCAACCAUGAAAUUGAGCUGCAUCCAACAUCUGAAAAGAAAAUCCUCCAGUUUGUUGCAAUACAGCGCAGGGACACACGAGAAUGGGCAAUACCUGGCGGCAUGGUGGAUCCUGGCGAGGUGGUAACAAUCACCUUGAAGAGAGAAUUUUUCGAAGAAGCACUUGAUGCUUUAGGAAGAAAGCCAGAGCAGUUGAAUGAAGCAGAUGCAAUCGUGGCGAAGUUUUUUGAAAGUGGAGAAACAGUUUAUAAAGGUUAUGUAGAUGAUCCACGUAACACAGAUAAUGCGUGGAUGGAAACAGUUGCAGCGAAUUUUCAUGAUGAGACUGGUUUGUCCGUUGGCAAAUUGCCUCUUUCUGCAGGGGAUGAUGCCGUUAAUGUUAGAUGGAUGGAUGUGGGAAAGGAUCUGGAAUUAUAUGCAAGUCACAUAGAAUUUAUUGAAGCUGUGGCCGAGAAACGAAAUUCACAUUGGUAGGGUUAGUUGGAAUCCUAACUAAAAAAUGUUUCCCAUGGUGUAAUUUGUUUAUAACGAAUUGGAAAAAAACCAGAAGUUAAGUUGACGAUCUCUGCAAUCUUUGUAAUUUUCUUAAGGCUCAUGUGUUUGUACUAAGUUUUUCAGCAUUGUGACUUUAUUAUGAUUUCGACAAAAUCAGUGUAACACAAAUGAUUCAAGCAAAGGUGAUAACCAUAUAUAACGCUGUUUCCAUGCAGCAUCUACCUAUUUUCUAUAUAGGGAAUUCUUGUACAUUUCCCAACAUAGACCUUGGGUUUAAUCUGUGCAACCAUUCUGUCUCAAAAAUAUAAUUUUCAAGGUUCUUUUGUGAAUUAUGUUAAUAAAUUUAUUGCUUUUGUGAACUUG